AUGGGCGAGGUGAGUUUGUUUUGGCCGUUGGGGACGACGCUUCUCAUCAUCUCCUUCUCCUCCAGCCGGGCGUCACAUCCUGAAGGUGGUGGUCAUGUUGUUGCCUUGCAGGAGGCGAAGAAGGAGGAGGUGGAGAAGCCCAAGGAGGCGGCGGCAGAGGAGAAGAAGGACGACAAACCCAAGGACGCCGCGGCGGAGGACAAGCCCAAGGAAGGCGGCGGCGAGGAGAAGCCCAAGGACGGGGAGGAGAAGAAGGAGGAUGCGCCGCCGCCGCCGCCCCCGCCGCCGGAGGAGGUCGAGAUGCGGGUCUACAUGCACUGCGAGGGAUGCGCCCGCAAGGUCAAGAAGAUCCUCAAGCGCUUCGAUGGAGUGGAGGAUGUGAUCGCUGACUCCAAGGCGCACAAGGUGUUGGUGAAGGGGAAGAAGGCGGCCGCUGAUCCCAUGAAGGUGGUGGAGCGCGUCCAGAAGAAGACCGGCCGCAAGGUGGAGCUCCUGUCGCCGAUACCCCCGCCACCGGAGGAGAAGAAGGAAGAGGAGAAGAAGGAGGAGCCCGAGCCGCCAAAGCCGGAGGAGAAGAAGGAGCCGCCGGUGCUCGCCGUGGUGCUGAAGGUGCACAUGCAUUGCGAGGCCUGCGCUCAGGGGAUCAGGAAGAGGAUCCUCAAGAUGAACGGCGUGCAGUCUGUAGAGGCAGACCUCAAGGCAUCGGAGGUGACAGUGAAGGGCGUGUUCGAAGAGUCCAAGCUGGCCGAGCACGUGUACAAGCGCACCGGCAAGCACGCGGCCAUCGUCAAGUCCGAGACAGUCCCCCCACCGGAGAGCGCCGCCGCCGGCGACGACAAGGCCAAGGAGGAGAAGAAGGAAGAAGGCGGAGGCGAGGAGAAGAAGGACGGCAAGGAGGAAGAGAAGAAGGACGGCGGCGGCGGCGACGAGAAGGAGGAGAAGGAGGGCGGCGGCGACGAGAAGAAGGACGAGGCCGACAAGGACAAGGACGCGGCUGCCAUCGCGGCCGCCAACCUGUACAUGCACUACCCGCGGUUCGCGUUCCCGGGAGGGUACUACCAGCCGGCCUACCAGUACCCGCCGCCGCCGCCUCCGGGGUACGCCUACCAGCCGGCCUACCCGCCGCCGUCGUACGCUGCGUACGCGCCGCCACACCACCACCAGCCCAUGGCGCCGCAGAUCUUCAGCGACGAGAACCCCAACGCCUGCUCCGUCAUGUAA